AUGCGACCGCUGGCGAUAAUAACCCUACUAUCCUGCUCUGGGGCCGCCGUCGCCCUUGCGGGAGGCUCUCAGUUCGAGCAACAAACGGCAACAAAACGAACGAACCCAGAGCCCGCCUGUCUCGCAGAGAGCGCCGUGCAGAGCGCCAGCUUCUACACUGGGCUCGAAGAGGGAAACCCGGGGGCCAAGCCUGGGGUUGCUGCAUCUAAAACCGACGCCUCCAACUUCAUCAACUUCUGCGCCAACUCCACCUUGACCAACGGCCAGCAAAACCCAGAUGGCUCCUGCAACGGUAUCCCCAUGGGCCGGCUGCCCGCCACCACCAACAUGAUCUCCUCCAUCAUCACCUUCCCCCAACCGGGCGACCAGCUCCCGCCCAACACCUCAUUCAACGUCACCAUCCAGACCAGCCACCUCCGCGCCGGGUUUUUCGCCAACCCCGUCUCCAACUACUACACCGCGCCGCAAGACCUGGACGAGAACGGCGACGUCAUCGGCCACUGCCAUGUCACGAUCCAGAACAUCGGCAGUUUCACGACGCUCGUGGCGCCGGACCCGACCGUCUUUGCGUAUUUCAAGGGCAUCGAUGAUGUGGGUGACGGGAAGGGGGGACUCACGGCAGAGAUCUCGGGCGGGCUACCGGUUGGGGUGUACCGGGUGUGUACGAUGGUGGCCGCUAUGAAUCAUCAGCCGGUUAUGAUGCCUGUUGCGCAGAGGGGGGCGCAGGAUGAUUGUACCAAGUUUGAGGUCCGGGAGGAGCACCAUUGUCAUCAACAUCACCACUAG